AUGGGGAGGAAACUGGACCUGUCAGGCCUGACUGAAGUUGAGGCAGAGCACGUGCUCAAAGUGGUACAGAGAGACAUGAAGCUGCGCAAAAAAGAAGAGGACCGAAUCAGUGAAUUGAAGCAAGAGCAGGAGGAGGAGGGUGCCCGCUGCCUGAUCUUGGCCAAGCAGCGCGACUUUAAUGAACAUUGCUGCAUCCGCUGCUGUGGUCCGUUCAGCUUCCUCCUCAAGCCUCGCCGCGUCUGCCUCGACUGCCGCUACAACGUCUGCAAAGCCUGCUGCUCCUACAGCCGGCAUGAGAGCGGCUACAUCUGCACCUUCUGCAACAAGAGCAGGCUCCUGAGGGCACGAUCGCUGGAGUGGUACUAUAAUAUCGUGAAGACUCGCUUCAAAAGGUUUGGCAGUGCUAAAGUGCUUAGAACCCUCUACCGGAAGCACAGAAUUGAGAAAGGAGCGACAGAUUUACCAGAUUUGAGUGCCCCUGAAGGCAGUAAUGAUAAUGAUGGCAGUGUUUGUGGCAGUGAUUCAGCUUUCUCUAAGCAGAGUGAAGGGCACAGUAUAGCAGAGACCCUCACUGUUGCCUUGCGUGUUGCUGAGGAGGCCAUAGAUGAAGCCAUCACCAAAGCACAGAGCUACAGAGACAGUCUGGAGAAACAAAAUGAAGCUCGAUAUCUAUGUGAUCAUAGAGAGGAGCUUGUUGAGGAACUAGCAACAACUAUCGUCCAAAAAAUCAUUCAGAGGGGGAAGCGCUCAGAUAUGCAGGCAGAUUAUGACUUUGUUUGGUCUCAGAAUCACAACAGUGAUCUGCCAUCUCCUACCUCAGCAUCCACCUCAACCCAGCGGAAUACAGACCCACAGACCUGCCACAAGAAUUCUUAUUUACAAAGGAGGUCCAUAUCAGCAUUAUCUCUAACUAGUGACGAGUCCCCAGCAAAAACUCCUGAAACAGACAAGGCUUUUGAAGCUGCAGAACCAGAACCAACUAUCGAGAACUGUCCCUCCCUGCGGAGAGAGUCCCGAGCAUCCAUACUGGGGUGGAAGAGUGUGGACCGCCUGGACAAUUCCAGUGCUUCUUCUGUCCUGCAGUCUCCGGACGGCAACUGGAUCGCCCUGCAGAGUUCCCAGCAUUCCCGGCCGAGCCUGCUGACUAAGCGGAAAAGCCUGGUCUUCAGCGUUUUAGAAAAGGAAUCCGGCGUGGUUUCAGCGUACGACGAGAUGGGCUCGGACUCGGAGGACGAAACCGAGCAAGAUAGCUGGGGGCUUGCUCUGCUCCAGUUCCACCAGCGCCUCUCAGAGGAGACCCGGUCCACAGACUCCAAGCGCAACCUAGAGAACCAUCCUCCUAUCACCUCACCCUCCUCGGGUCACUUCACCAACACGGAGACCCUGAACUCUGAUUCAGAGACUUCUGUAGCGCCCCCUACCAGAACACGCAAACCUGCUUAUAAUAUCAUGAUGAGGAACAAAGCUCCACCUGAACCUCACCUUCCCUACAUGCCCUAUGAGCAACAUAGAUCUACUGUGAUGCCUUCACAUUCACCAAGGUUUGAUGCCCUGGAUGUGAACUUUAAUCCUCGGGUGGGUGAGGACAGCAGUGAGGGAGAGGAGCAGGGCGAGCCGACCCGAAAGUUUCUGAGGAGGCGGCGGAGUAAGCGGGAUUCAUCUGAGCAAAACCAGAUGCAUAGUUCAUUAUACACGGCGGAGAACAGCACUUUCUUGCUAAACACCAUGAUGAAACAGCAGCUGAGCCAGGAGCCACCUCCCACCUAUCAAUCUCUACACACUAUGACCCCACCGGACAUGAGCAUCCCAAGUGCCAUAACUCCCGACCCAACCUCCAUGCUCUCCUAUCCACCAAUGUACAGCCAAGCAGGAAUCCAACUAGGACCUGGGUGUCAGGCCUACAGCAGAAACGACACACUGGAACACCAACUGAGAUCGAAACUCUCCGAGCUAGUCAGCCAGAUCAGCAAGGAAGACGUGACCUCAUCAGAAGACGAGGCCAUCCGAAAAGUCAGCGACAGACGAUGUAAAAUAGAAAAGGGUAGUCGGGUGAGACAGCAAGAGAGAGUCGACGAGGCACAGAAGGAGAGGGACACUAGAAGAGACAUGGAGAGGAGUAAAUGGGAAAUGGAGAGACUGAGUGAAAGAUGGAUUGAGAGGCAGAUCAGUCGAGAGCAUGAGGGAAGUGACGUAGUGAGACAGAGACGUAGAGAUGGGGAUCAGAGAAGAGAAAGCAAGGAAGAAUUAACAAGACUAGAGGGAAUGAGGGGGGACACGGAAGAACAAGAAAAGCAUAUGGAGAAAGGUUUUGUAAUGCAAGAAAUGGAUAGACAGCAGGUGAGACAGGUGGGGAUAGACACAGGACGAGAAGAAGAAGUAGAAAGAGCAUGGCAAGCACAAAGCAACGGGCCUAGCACAAGAACAGAGCAGGACACGUGGAAAGUGACAAGCACAAGCGAAAAAGCAAGUGAUGCAGAGAAAAGUGUGGAAGAAGAAGACAUUACCAUAGGAGAAGAUUUAACUGAGGCUAGUGUGAAUGAAGAGAUGCUUCAAAGAAGCAAUUCAGAGGACGCCUCAGAAAAAGGACAAGAAGCACACAGUACCCCAUUUGAUCCAGAGGAACAAGUGUCCCCAACAGAGAAAUGUUCGGCUGCCUCCCUAUGCAGCAUCACCACAGAGGUUCUAAAGGUCUUGAAUGCCACAGAAGAAUUAAUCGGGGAGGCUGAGGGCAAAGGACAUGACAUUUGUGAGUCUCCUGCUGGGACGCCACUUUCUUCUGGCCCUGAGAGCAAGAAAUUGGACCAGCAUCUUACAAAGAUGGAGGAGAAUGUGUACCUUGCCGCAGGAACUGUGUAUAGCCUAGAAGGGGCGUUAAGUGAUCUGGAGGACUGCGCUCGCAGUAUUAGCAGCUCUACCACCGAAACAGAACUGGCAUUCCUGGAGGAUCAGGUGGCUACUGCUGCUGCUCAGGUGCAGCAGUCUGAACUCCAGAUCUCAGACAUCGAGGCAAGAAUAUCAGCACUUAAAAAUGCUGGCCUGAAUGUUACUGCAUGCUCCAGAUUUUCCAAAACCAAGCCUCAGACAUUGAAUUCCUCCCGUCACCAGAGAAGAAAACUACCAGCUCCUCCUGCCACAGAACAUCCAGAGACACAGGUGAGACCUUUCAGCCAUGACAACAGCAUACACAACCUCCUUUCUGGUCUGUGAACCUCCACCUCCUGUAGCUUUGUGUCUCCUCUUAAUGAAAGGACCGCCAGGCUCACACACCAGUGCCUUGAUUCACAUCUGUGGUCCUCCACAACUCGCCAGCCAACACUCAACGUACCUACAUUCUAACGGGGAGAGAAUGUGUUGGAUUUUAAAUGAAGUUUUAAAUGAAGUUGUAAGAAAAGGAUUCGUUCGUAUGAAUCGCAAGAAUCAAUUGUAUGACGUGUCUUGCGUUGAUGCACAUUGUACGUGUACUUGUGACGGCUCGCUCUGUGUUUUGAAACAAGGAUUAGGAAGUUGGCUACGACUCAAGGCAACACUUUCUCUCACUGCUUCAUUGUGACAUUUAAAAAAGCCAUUAAUUUUUUGCAAGAGGAAAAGAAUCCAAAGCAAAUGUCAGAUUUCCAUGUGCCAAAUUUAAUCUUAUUGACCAAGAGCAUCCUGUUCUGUAUGAAUAAAGUUUGCAUACCUGACUGAGAA